AUGUCACAAUUAAUGCUAUGCAAUCUUGCAAAUACUUCAACUGCGGGAAAUGAUACCAAUAAUAACGCAAGUAGCAGUAUGGAGGACGACGACUCAUAUCCACUGCCCACUAUUUAUCGGUGUCGUGCUCCUAUAGCGAGUCUUGAUUGUAUGGAAGAGUUCAAUGGUAGUAACGGUGGUGCAGACUCAGGGAUUCAUUGUAGUACAACGCAGCAAGGUACAAAAGAACAACUACUGACGAGUUGCAUAACGUCCCAGAGCCAACGUUCACAACAUCCAUCCCCAGGUAUUCGUUACCGCAACUUGGGUAAAAGUGGUCUCCGUGUUUCUAACGUUGGGUUAGGUACAUGGACAACAUUCGGUGGGUUGGGUGGAUGCACUAGUGAGGAAACUGCAGAAGCCAUUGUGGCCUUGGCCUAUGACAGUGGUAUCAAUGUGUUCGACCUUAGUGAAGCACACAGUGGUCAUAGGGCUGAAAUCCAACUUGGUCGGAUUCUCUUACGACGCGGCUGGAACCGCUCCAGCUACAUUGUCACCACUAAAAUCUACUGGAGUACCAAAAGUGAGGGCCGAGGUCUAUCGAGGAAACAUAUUAUCGAAACCGUUCAGGCGUCCCUAUCAAGGCUGCAAUUGUCGUAUAUCGACAUUGUCAUGAUUCACAAGGUCGAUCCGAUGUGUCCAAUGGAAGAAAUCGUACGAGCUAUGAAUUAUGUUAUAAAUAGAGGAUGGGUUAUGUAUUGGGGUACAUCAAGAUGGUCGCCAGUUGAGAUAAUGGAGGCUUACUCGAAUUGCAGACAAUUUAAUUGUGUUACUCCGAUAGUUGAACAAGCAGAGUAUCAUUUAUUUUAUAGAGAUAAACCAGAACUUUAUAUGCCGGAAUUGUACAACAAAAUUGGCGUCGGUUUGAUGGCGUGGUCAACCGUUACGAUUGGUAUGGUUUCAAAACCCGAUGACUGCGGAGUUUCUUUUCUUUCAAGAUCUUCGUAUAAGAAUAAAUACUCGUCGUUUAGUUGGACGGAGGAUGAAACACAAUCAUUAUACAAAGAAAGUCGUCGGGAUCCAAUGACACCUGAAAUAAGAGAACGACCAAUGGAUGAAGAACCACCACGUAAACCAUCGGACAAAUUACGUGAUGUUUGUGCGCUUGCUGAUCGAUUAGGAUGUUCCUUUGGGCAACUGGCAAUAGCGUGGUCUCUAAAAAAUGAAAGCGUUCAGUGCCUUCUUCUUGGAGCGUCAAAUAUCGAACAGCUUUAUGAAAGUCUACAAAGUCUGCAGCUCAUACCAAAACUAAAUUCAACUAUGAUGAACGAAAUUGAAAGGAUACUAGAAAAUAAACCGUCCCGACCACCAAUGAUUUCAACACUAGCACUCAGAUGA